GCAGCAGCGGCAGCAGCGAAGCGGAGAAGGGGCGCGAGGAGCCCCGGCUCGCGGCCAUGACGGACAUUCUCUGUGAUUGGCUGAACCGGGAAGUGAGGCUCUCGCGCACAGUGGAUAAGGAGUCUUUCUCCAGAGAAUUUUCUUCUGGUUAUCUCAUUGGAGAACUUCUGCACAAGUUUGAACUUCAAGAUGACUUUGAUCAAUUUUCACAAAGCAGGGUUGCUAGUGCAAAGCUUAACAAUUUUUCUCGGAUGGAGCCCACCCUUCAACUUUUGAAAGUGCAAUUUGACCAAAAUAUAGCCCGAAACAUCAUGACAGAGCAGCAUGGAGCUGCCACAAAACUCAUAUACCAGUUGUACGUAGCUCUGGAGAAGAAGAAGAAAGCAGGGCUCACUGGGGUUGCCAUGGAUGCAAUGAGACCCUCAGCACACGCAAAGCUCAGAAGUGUAGGAACAGAGAUGUAUCGAGAGCGCCUUAAAAGCCUGGUACCACGGCAGACAGAACUGGUACUUCUGCAGAUUUCAGACAGCUUUCACAAAAAAGCCAAGGACCUGGAAAGUAAAAUAUAUUCUAUGCAAUUGGCAAAGCAAGAACAAGCAAAGAAAAUCCAGGGGAGAAAAGUGGAAGACAUGGAAAAGAAAAUUUUAGAAAAACAAAAGCAAAAUGAAAUAAUGGCUAAGAUACAAGCAGCCAUUGUCCAGAUUCCAAAACCAAUGCCGCAACAUACUGUCAAGGCGAUCGAAGAACAAAAGAUGAUGAGGAAGAAGAAGGAAGCCGAGAACACAUAUACAGAAAUCAUGAAAUUUGAGAAGCAGAUGAGGAAAGAGACCAUCAUUCCCACUAAGCUCACUGAAAGCAUGAUACAGGGCCCUGCUCUUGCAACCCCACCAAUCACUGAGCUAUUGAGCACCUACUCUGAUGAUGAAUAUAUCCGGAAAAUUCAGAAACGUCUAGAGGAAGACACGUUUGCUCGUGAACAGCGGGAGAAAAGACGCCGGAAGAUGUUAAGAGAACAACUAAUCGCUCAUGAAGCACAAGAAGAGGCAUAUAGAGAGGAGCAGCUCAUCAACCGGCUGAUGAGGCAGUCACAGCAGGAGCGAAGAAUUGCUGUGCAGCUGUUGCAUGUGAGGCAUGAGAAAGAAGUGAUGUGGCAGAACAGAAUUUUCAGAGAAAAACAGUUUGAAGAAAGGCGGCUGAAAGAAUUCCAAGAAGCUCUUGACAGAGAAGCGGCUCUUGCAAAACAAGAAAAAAUUGAACUUGAGGAACAGGCUCAUAAGGAAAAACAACUGCAUGCCAAACUUGCUGCUCAGAGAGCUGAGGAACGCUAUAAGAAGCAUUAUGCAAUCUGUUGGGAGGUAGUUGAGCAAAUCAUAGACUUGGUGACCAAAAUAGGAGAGUAUCGGACACUGACAAACAACCUAAUUCCAAUAAAAAUAAUGCGUGACUGGAAGGAGCUAUUUCUAAAAGGGAAACCAAUUUAUGAGCAGGCUGAACUUGAUCCUUUGCCAACUCAUCCAACUCCAGAUCAAAUAGUAGAAUUGGAAAAAAUGAUUAUACUAGAUGAAAAAGAUUAUGAUGAAUACAAGAUUAUGAUUGAAGAAUGGUAUCCACCUGAAGAAAUCAGAGCAAAUAAGCCUCCGCUCAGUAAUAUAAUACUAGGUCAUGUGGUUCAUAGAUUGAUGGGACUCUUCUAUCCUCCAGAGCCUGAGCCACCUCCACCUGUAUCUUCUCCAUUUCCAAUCAAGGGAUGUAUUUUGGGAAAGCUCUUCAGUGGCAAAACCACAUGUUUAAAGUUCUUGGAAGAAGUUUGCAACAUCCAUGUAUUAUCUAUUGAUACACUAAUCGCAGAGGCUAUCAAAGCUUAUCACGAGAAGGAAACGGCAAGUGAAACAAGUCUGCUUCAAGUCUCUAAACUGGAUGUCAUUUCCAUGGAUCAAAUUGCUGUCCUGAAGGAAGCUUCUAGGGCUUCAGUGAUAGCAUUGAAAGCUUACUGUGACAUAACAGAUCUGAACCUCCACUUGCCUCCUACAGAUGAAAUAAAAGACUUUGAGAAAAAAGCAGGCUCUGUUCAGCUGAGUGACCAAGAGGAGAUGAGUGACCAAGAGGAUGAAUUAACUAAACUCUCUAUUCGUGCUCAGCUUGGUGGAGGAGCAGAAGCAUUGUUAAAGAAAGGAAAAAGUAUUCCAGAUGAAUUACUAGUUGGCAUCAUGGUGGAAGCUAUUAGUCGAUUGCCACCAGAAAAGGGUUGGAUCUUGGAUGGAUUCCCAAUGACCCUGAAUCAAGCUAAACUGCUUGAAAAGGCAUUGAAUGGAAGAGAUCCAGACCAGGAAGAAGGAAAUGCUAAAGUCAUGAAGAAGCACAGCUUGGUUAUUGAUCCAGCAGCUCCAAAAGAACCAGUUGUGCACCCACCUGGUCUUGACUUUGCCAUUUUGUUAGAUGUUUCAGACUCCAUUGUGCUGGACCGCAUAGCGUUUGGAAGGUCAAGGGACUCCUAUCAAAAUGAACAAGAAAGAGGUGAUCAAGUGUCGGAUGCGGAACUCCAGAGAAGAGAAAAAGCAGAUUCAGUAAGAGGCCAGAUGCAACACAGAAUUGUAAGAUUCUUGGAAACAUGGCCAGAACUAAAAACCUGGUAUGCCGAUCAGCAAAAUAUACUAAUAAAAGUCAACGCAGAGAUGGAAGAGGAUCUUAUGUGUCAAAGGGUGAAACAAAUAAUAAUGGAACAGCUCGUUAAAAUCGAAAAUGAACGAAAAGAAAAAGAAAAGAGAGAAAUUGAAAAACUACAAGAGGUGAUCCCUCCCAUACCUCAAGAAGAGGCUCGGGCCAUUAGCCCAGAGAAGUUGGAGGAAGUGUCUCCCACUCCCACUGUAGAAGUUCAGCCACCACCACCCUCUCCUCCAGCAGAUGCCAAAGUAACUAAAGAAUCCCCUACAGAAUCCCCUGUUAAAGGUAAAAAAAGAAAGAAACGUGAUUCGUCCAAAGGAAAAGAAUCAGGAAGUAAACCAGGCACUCCACGAGGAAAAGGACAAAAAUCUGUGUCACCUUCCCCUGAAGAUGUGUUGCCUCCUGCUCCUAUAGAACCUCCUCCAAUUAAACCAGGAUCAGAUGAAUGGGUUUAUAUUGAUGAGCCACUACCCCAAGUAUGGCAAUUCAAAAUCCAGCAGAGCAUUACGGCUAGCUAUGAUCCAAGAGUCGAGAUCAUAGCACGCCGGGAAAUUAUAAAGUUGAAUUUUGGUGGACCUAAUGUGUCUUUUAAAAAAACUCAACAGGAAGUGCCUGAAUUUUUAGUUCCUUAUUGGGAAACUGUGGAGAAGACAUAUGUGAAUAACAUCAAAGCAACACUUAGGUGCCUGAGAGCUGAACAGCAUGUUAUAAUUUAUUACCUUUCAGACAUAAGAAAUCAUUUCAAGGAAUACUUGAAACGCCCUGACCACAAGCAAGAGUUUGUGACUCAGUGGCAAGCGGAUUAUAAUUCAGUGGCUGAUGAUUUAUGGGAUGAUGAUGAAACAAAAGAAGAACUACACCAAAGAGUCACUGAUUUACGGGACCGUCUGUGGGAUAUCUGUGAAAAUAGAAGGGAUGAAGCUGAGCAAGAGCGUUGUGCUAUCAUGAAUGAUGGCUGGUUGCCUGACCGAAUGGGGCUUUUGAUGAAUCACAUUUUUUCACUUAUGCAGAAUGAACUGGAUCGCUUCCAGGAUACCAAGAGACUUUUACACGACUAUUACAGAGGAAUGGAAGGCAAAAUUCCAACAGACAGUAGCACCGAGUUUAUCAGGAUACCUUUGAUAGAACUAGUUGAAAAAGAACAACUCCUGGAAGAGGGCAAGACCUACAGAAUCCCUACAAUUGCUCACAGAUCUCCUUCUCCAGAAGUGAACAGGGAAAGAAUGAGAGCUAUUCCUGUGAAACUCAAGGAAGAUCUGUUUUCUGAAAGUGCCAUAUUUAAUGUUGUUCCAGAUGAGAAACUAAUCAUGGAGACAUGGCACAAUGUUGUAACAGCAAUUACUAACAUGGUUACUUCAGAGAUACAGUCUUUUGAAGCUGAGGAAGAAAAAGAACGCCUUCAGCAAGAAAUGAAGGAAAAAGAGCGUUUAAAAUCUUCCCAAGCCAUUGCUGGCAAAGGUGGAAAAGAAGGGAAAGGAAAAGGGAAAGGUGGAAAAGGAGGCAAGGAAGGGAAAGGUGGAAAGGAAGGGAAAGGUGGAAAAGAAGUCAAAGGAAAGGAAUCCAAAGAUACCAAGAAAGGGAAGAAGAAAAGUAAACAAGGUGCUUCUCCUCCAGUGCCAGAAGCAACACCAAUUCCUUUAUCCCCAGAAGAAUUAAAGAAGUUAGAACUGAAGCAUAAAAUGAAACAGGAAUACUUUGCUGCACUAGAUCAUGAAGUGGAGGCUGCAAAAUCUCGACUUGAGCUGUUAAAGGUUAAAGCGCUAGCCUUCAUGGAUGAUCUGCAUUCAAAAGCAGAAGUUACAUACAGGAAUAUGGAAAAGUGGCUUGGAGAGAGAUUUCUGAUUGAAAUGUCCAGUGUUGACAAAUUAACUGAGGUUGCUCGCAACCACAUUGAAACAUCUACCAGAAUCCAAUAUGAACUUGUUCUGGAAGGGACCGAGUUUUACAUUAAUGGGGAUAUCAAAGUAUUUCCGGAUGCAGUCCCUCCGCCUCGUCCUCCAUCUGUGGAAUCUCCUACAGUUGACACUCUGACUAUUUCACAGCUUAGCACGCUUCACAAGCAGUUUCUGAAGGUGGCACCUAAAGGUUUAAUGCUAAGCAAAACAUUCACUGACAUUGUUUUUGACUUGGUCACAUUGAACCUUGGCUCAAACAGCCUUCCAGAUGCCUGGGCGCACCUCUCCAUUUAUGAUUUACAAAGCCUGGCAUCACUACUGACUGUGGAUGUGGACACAGUGGACUGGCGCCGAUUCUUAAUAGCUGCUGCCCAGCCUUGGCCACUGCCUUCUGUGAAAGAGCUGCUUGAAACACUGCAGAGAUUCCAGGCUGUGGAUGAAGGAGGAACUGGAUUUGUUACAGAGGAAGAGUACAAUCAGGCUGGUCUUUGGUUUUGCAGUGGAAGUGUAAUAAUUCCAGACAGUCCUGUAGAGCCAUUACCAUUUAACCGCCAGGAGCAUCUUCUAAAAUUUUUCUUCACUUUGUUUGCCGAUCCUGAAAAAGACCCUCCGCAGCUGAACUACGUGGAUAUGCUCCUUUAUUUUGCAUCCCACCCGGAUUCUGUUGAUGGAGUCUACCGGGCCCUCAGUGUCGCAACAGAAACAAACAUCCAAAGGGAAAAAGACAAAUUCCCUAAUAUUCCUCGUGUGUUCACUCCUUCUGCUGAACGGCUGAUCACGGCUUCUUCCCAUGAUGAGCCAGAGGAGGAGGAGGCUGGUGAAGAAGGUGAAGAGGAGGAAGAAGACAAAGAGAAAGAGGAUGAGGCUCAUUCUUUCGCCAAGGAAGGAGAAAUAUCUCUAGAUACUCUGCUUAGAGUGUUCAAGUAUGAAACAAACAAAGCUGCUGACAACCACAGAUUCAGUAACUAUCUGAUGCCAAAGGACAAUUAUGAGAACUUCAUUAAGGUAUACAAGGAUCUUGGCUCUGAAGAUCUGCAGCCGAUCAAAGUAUCACUCCUCUUGAAACAUCCCUUCAUUCAAGAGUUAGUUAAGAGCUGCCAGGUGUACAAACUUCAUACAAUUUACGGGACAGAUGGAAAACUCCCUUGGGUCAGGGUCAGCCAUAUGGUUGGGUUGAGCAAAUGGAGCGCAUUGAUGGUUGUACUUAAAGGGUUGAAAUGAUAGCAUUUGCUUCACAAAUAUCAACUUUUAAAGUGGGAACCAGCAAAGGAUACAAAAUUCAUUCUUCAGAGAGCUGAUCAAACACAGCCACCUAAUGGAGAUAAUACUCUUUCCGAAAAAAGUUAAAAUAAGGGGACUGGGUGGAGCUCUGGAAACUUCUUCGUUGCAAAAGAAAUGUUUCUCAAAUGCAGUUCUGAAUGUUGUAAUUAAUUCUUUCUUGUUUGCAUUAUUGAGUUGUUCAAUUAGUUAUAUUUUGAAUUCACUGUUUUAAAAUAAAA